UGUCGGCACCAGUGGCAACAGCUGCAGCAGCCGCGCCGCCCCCUCGCCCGCGGCUCCCGGGGUGAGCCGGAGCACGGCCGGCGGCUCGCGGCGCUGCGGCCUCGGAAGACAGGAAAGUUCCCGGCCCGAGCGCGGAGAUGCCGGGCAGCGACACGGCGCUCACCGUGGACCGGACCUACUCGGACCCCGGCCGGCACCACCGCUGCAAGAGCCGGGUAGAACGUCAUGACAUGAAUACCUUAAGCCUGCCCCUGAACAUACGCCGAGGGGGGUCAGACACCAACCUCAACUUUGACGUACCCGAUGGCAUCCUGGACUUCCACAAGGUCAAACUCACUGCAGACAGCCUAAAGCAAAAAAUUCUAAAGGUAACGGAGCAGAUAAAAAUUGAGCAAACAUCACGCGAUGGGAACGUUGCGGAGUAUCUGAAACUAGUUAACAGUGCGGACAAGCAGCAGGCGGGACGUAUCAAGCAAGUCUUUGAGAAGAAGAAUCAGAAAUCAGCUCAUUCCAUUGCCCAGCUGCAGAAGAAGUUAGAGCAGUAUCAUCGAAAGCUCAGAGAGAUCGAGCAGAAUGGAGCCCCCAGGAGCUCAAAGGACCUUUCCAAAGACCACCUGAAGGACAUUCACCGCUCUUUGAAAGAUGCCCACGUGAAAUCUCGAACUGCGCCCCAUUGCAUGGAGAGCAGUAAAUCGGGCAUGCCAGGGGUAUCACUCACUCCACCUGUGUUUGUUUUCAAUAAGUCCAGAGAGUUUGCCAACCUGAUCCGGAAUAAGUUUGGCAGCGCCGACAACAUCGCUCACUUGAAAAAUUCCUUAGAGGAGUUUAGGCCGGAGGCAAGUUCCAGGGCCUAUGGGGGCAGCGCUACCAUCGUCAACAAACCCAAGUAUGGCAGCGAUGAUGAGUGUUCAAGUGGCACGUCAGGCUCGGCUGACAGUAAUGGAAACCAGUCCUUUGGGGCUGGUGGCGCCAGCACGUUGGACAGCCAGGGGAAGCUCGCCGUGAUCCUGGAGGAACUGAGGGAGAUCAAGGAUACCCAAGCUCAGCUGGCCGAGGACAUCGAGGCGCUGAAGGUUCAGUUUAAGAGAGAAUAUGGUUUUAUUUCUCAGACCCUGCAGGAGGAGAGAUACAGGUAUGAGCGACUGGAGGACCAGUUGCAUGACCUGACGGAACUGCAUCAGCAUGAGACAGCCAACCUGAAGCAGGAGCUGGCCAGCAUCGAGGAAAAGGUGGCCUACCAGGCCUAUGAGCGCUCACGGGACAUCCAGGAAGCCCUGGAAUCCUGCCAGACUCGCAUUUCUAAGCUGGAACUCCACCAGCAGGAGCAGCAAGCUCUGCAGACGGACACCGUGAAUGCUAAAGUUCUCUUGGGGAAGUGCAUCAACGUGGUCCUGGCCUUCAUGACCGUCAUCUUAGUGUGUGUGUCUACCAUCGCGAAGUUCGUCUCACCCAUGAUGAAGAGCCGCUGCCACAUUCUCGGCACCUUCUUUGCCGUGACUCUUCUUGCUAUAUUUUGUAAAAACUGGGACCAUAUCCUGUGUGCCAUAGAGAGGAUAAUAAUACCAAGAUGAAGCCAGUGGUUCUUGCCUUCAAGUCCUUUCAAGUUUUUAUUUUAAAGAAAAUUCUGUGCAUACUACCAAAUUUUUCGAUGAAUGAUUGUGCUGAGUCGUGUGCAAGAAAAACUAGGGCUGUGUGGUGUAUGUAAAUAACUACAGUUCUCUUAACUCGGGAGCAGUUGCCAACUCAGUCCUUGUACUUGGUUAACACGAAUCUGUUUGAGAGCUCUCCUGCCUUGCUCACUGCCUUAAUCAGACCAAUUUCCUGCCCACCUGACUAGCCCAGCGUGGUAAACCUCUGUAUAUUGAGACCUUGGAAUAAUUGGGUGAUCCAGAAGGAAAGAGAUCUCUCUCUUAAGUCUUUGUCCGAAUUGAGCUUCACGAUUGCUAAUGGUUGUGUUUUCUGUGAGUCCUAUAAAAAGCAAGGAUAUGCAUCAUUCAGGGAAUGAAGAACCGCAGGCUUGGGCAGUAUGAAAACACUGUGGCCUAUGGAAACACAGGUCCCUGUGUGAUCCGCCCCGCUUGUCUCCAGGUGACCAUAGGUCCCGUCAUGUACUCAGUGUCCGCAGCGGUCAAUCGUGUGUGACCCUGUAACAUGGAGAUCUUACUACACACCUGUUUAUCCAACAAGUCUACCUGAGGGGUAUUGUUAAACACUUUAAAUGGUAAGGCAUAGGGAUUUAUGAAUGGGGCUUUUUCCUUCUCAGACCCAGGCAACCGACACCUGAUUUUAUCUGAACUGGCUAGCAAACGCCCAGCCUUCAGAGUGUGCAGCAAGGUUUUCAGAUCCCUCAUCAGACUGUGACUUUAACAUUAAUUUGGAAUCCUGUGAGCACCACUCUGAAGGUUUGUGUUUUGGCACAUCUUUUUUUUAUUUUUAUUUUUUGAGACAGGGUUCUGCUGUUACGGCCCAGGCUGGUCGCAAACUCCUUGCCUCAAGGAAUUUGCCCACCUCAGCCUCCCAGGUAGCCAGGACUGCAGGCACAAGCCACCCUGCCUGGCUGUUUUGGCAAAUGUCGAUUGUGAUAAGCCCGCCUGGAAGAUGUGAUGCGCUUCACGUGAUUGAUUUUAUUCACAGGUCUGUGAGGGACUGCAAAGCUUACUCAGGAAAUGAAAACAAAUGAUGGUCAUGUUGCAGUUCUUUCCUUGAAGGACAACAGAAUCAUAGCCUAUAAAGUGCACUGAGGUGUAGGAACACUGAACCCAUGAGGACAAGGGGACAUUGGGUGUGACGGAAUGGCGGCUAGAUCAGUGGGAGCAAUUGACCUGGAUGAAGAUUGAGAGAAUCCUCUUCAGGAAGUGAAAGGCAAGCAAGAAUGAAAUCAGUCCAGUGUUUGAGCCAAAGUUACCACCUGUCUCUGUUUUCUUUUUCUUUUUCUU